ACACUUACAAUUUUGUAACGAAACCAUGUCGCACAAGAAGAAUACUGUAGUGAAAAUAUAAAGUUCAAAUUUAUCCGUAUAAGGUUUUACGUGAACUACUACAAACCAUUUAGUCUUGUCCUCAGGUUUUAGUGUGUCAGCUUCUUAAACACAUGUCUAAGACAUGCCAGUUCCUUCUUGAUAUCAUACUUUAACGUACGAGUUAACGUUAGGCGCACAAAUAUUCUAUUGACGCUCAGACGAUAAGGUAAUUAAAUCACUCAUUUUCACAUUAAGAAAAUCAAUCGAGACCUGAUGAAAUUUUUAGUACCGGAACUAAAUUCGCUAUAAUGAAGACAAUUAUAAAUAGGUAUAGGGAUUAACAAUUCUGAACAAUUCGAAGACAAAGCAGAUGAUGGAAUCUGUUCAUAUUUUAAUAUUGAUCUUGUUUCAUCAAGUGGUCUUCCAUUCGUGUCGAUCCCCCGACCCUCCGGGACUUCUGGACUCUGAUGAUGAUGAUCUGAAGUACGAAGAUGUCAAAAGUAUACUACGGGUAGUCCCCUAUCCAGGAUUGAUCAAGUGGAAUGACAAUUACUCCCGUAUUCCACCAGAGAUUAAGAAGCAUAAUGCAGUUCCCAUAGCUAUAAUUCUUUCCCCAUCAAAUAUAGCUACUAAAUUUCAAUAUAAUCAAAAAGUUCCUGAACUCGAUAGAGAUACAAAAAACUUAAUGGGAAUAUACGCAGAUGGUUUCACUGGUACAGGAGAAAAAACAAAAACUGUAGACUCAGAUCAUAAGGAAAACUUUGUUAUUAAACAUCAAUUAAUCGAUGAAAAGGUAAAAUCACCCACUGUAAAGAGCCACAACUAUACACGUUUCAUUGCAGAUAAAACGUUCAUGGAGGAUAACGAUGACUCAUCCCAUGAAAUAUUAAGUUAUUCGAAUUCGGUGCGUGAUGCUAUUGAAAGUAGUGUAGAUGAUAAAAACGAAUUUAAUAAUGGUGUUUUAGACGAUAUCACAACUGAAGAUAAUACAGGCGAAGAACGUAAAGAGAAAGAAGUAUUUAAACAUUUAUUUACACCGGAAUCUAUUAACAAAAAUGACUUUACUUAUUUUAACAUAAUAGAUACUAAAUUGCACCAUCUCUCAGAAAAUAAUGAUGGCGAUCAUGAUUUGAAUAAGGAUUCAUCUAAGUUAGCAGUGAAUUAUAUUUUUGGAGAACAGCUUAAUAAAGUGGUGAAAGUGUUUAUCCUGAUAUAAAGUGUAUUCGAACCGAUGACCGAAAUUGCUCCUAUAGAAUCAUAAAUUGUUUAAUUUUCACAGAUAAAAAAUUUGUAGAAAAUGCCAACGACGCAACGCUUGAUAUACGAUCUCGAACUAUUUGAUAUUUUUAAAAAUUAAUUAUAUUAUGUUGCAUUUA